CUUCCGUCGGAAUAUUGUCAAGUGGAUAAGCCGACUGUUUGAGGCAAUAUUUAUACAAUUUGAAAGUGGAAAGAUCAGCAGUGACGCACAGUGUCACAAUGCAGGAUUCUGAGCCCAGCGUGUUUCAGCUACAGCCCAACAUCAUCUCAGUACGGCUCUUCAAAAGAAAGAUCGGUGGGCUGGGAUUUUUGGUCAAACAACGGGUUUGCAAACCACCCGUCAUUGUAUCUGACCUCAUACGGGGUGGAGCCGCAGAGGAAUGUGGGUUGGUCCAGGUUGGCGACAUCGUCCUGGCGGUGAACAACAAACCAUUGGUGGACCUGAGCUACGAACGGGCGCUUGAGACCCUAAAGAACGUGUCGCCUGAAAGUCACGCCGUCCUAAUACUUCGUGGACCAGAGGGCUUCACCACUCACCUGGAGACAACGCUCAGCGGAGACGGCAAACCCAGAACAAUUCGCAUCACCAGGCCGGUCAACCCUUCUUCGACCAGGGCGUGUGAGCGAUGCUCGCCCCUCACCCCCAACAUGACCAAAGAGCUCAGGGCUAUAGAGAACCUGUCCUCUGCUUCCACGACCAGGAAGGAACCUAGGGAGAACAAACCUCUGAUUCCUCUGCUCGCCCAGGAGUCUCUGCUUCGAGAAGGAAGCCAUUCGCUCCUUAACGGGGUGGAGGAGAACAACGACCUGUUGAAGGAGAUUGAGCCAGUGCUGAAACUGAUCAAGAAUAGCAAAAAAGACAUCAAUGGAGAAGGGCUGAGAGUUGCGGAGAGGAAGGAUGCAGAGGUGCAAGUGGAGAGAGACCUUGGUGUGGGAAACGGACAGAACGCCCAGCUGGCAUCGGAUAAUGACAGAGUGUUUGAUGACCUCUGGAGAAAGGACAACAUGCCUACAGUGCUUAACAACCCUUACUCUGAGAGUGACAAGCCACAACUGAUGUCCCAAGGACGAGUCUCCCCUACAAAGACUGUGCAGAACGGAAGUCCCUCCAAAUGUCCAAGAUUCAUGAAGGUGAAGAACUGGGAGACUGCAGCACUGUACAAUGAUACUCUACAUCAUGGAUCCAGCCAGGUGCCAAUCUGCACUGAGCGUGUUUGUAUCGGGUCUGUUAUGGUGCCAAACCAGCACAGUCGCAAGCCAGAUGAAGUCCGGACGAAAGAGGAACUGCUACCACUGGCUACAGAUUUCAUCGACCAGUACUUCACAUCGAUCAAAAGAUGUGGCUCCAAGGCCCACGUUGACCGACUGGAGGAGGUCAAAAAAGAAAUAGAAACUUCCGGAACAUAUCAAUUGAAGGACACAGAGCUGAUCUAUGGGGCCAAACAUGCAUGGAGAAAUGCAGCUCGCUGUGUGGGACGGAUCCAAUGGUCCAAACUACAGGUGUUCGAUGCUCGAGACUGCACGACGGCUCACGGAAUGUUUAAUUACAUCUGCAACCACAUCAAAUAUGCCACCAACAAAGGAAACCUCAGAUCGGCUAUUACCAUCUUCCCCCAGCGGAUGGACGAAAAGCAUGACUUCCGUGUGUGGAACAGCCAGUUGAUCCGGUAUGCAGGCUACAAGCAGCCUGAUGGAUCAAUACUUGGAGAUCCGGCUUCUGUGGAGCUUACUGAGAUCUGUAUGCAGCAAGGAUGGAAAGCUCCAAAAGGCCGUUUUGAUGUUUUGCCCCUUCUUCUCCAAGCCAAUGGGAACGAUCCUGAACUUUUUGAGAUUCCAGAUGAUCUUGUACUUGAAGUUCCCAUCACACAUCCAAAGUUUGAAUGGUUCAAGGAUCUGAAUCUAAAGUGGUAUGGUCUUCCUGCGGUGUCUAACAUGCUGCUAGAGAUCGGGGGGCUGGAGUUCACCGCCUGCCCCUUCAGCGGCUGGUACAUGGGGACUGAGAUCGGUGUCAGAGACUUCUGCGACAGCUCUCGUUACAACAUACUUGAGGAAGUGGCCACAUCGAUGGGGCUGGACACAAGGAAGACUUCAUCCCUGUGGAAGGACCAGGCCCUGGUGGAGAUCAACAUUGCUGUUCUUUACAGCUUCCAGAUGUCAAAGGUCACUAUCGUAGACCAUCACUCAGCCACCGAGUCCUUCAUGAAACACAUGGAGAAUGAGUAUAGAGUGAGAGGCGGUUGUCCGGGCGACUGGGUGUGGAUUGUGCCGCCCAUGUCAGGCAGCAUCACACCAGUUUUUCACCAGGAAAUGCUCAACUAUCGCCUGACGCCUUCCUUUGAGUAUCAGCCUGACCCAUGGAACACUCACGUGUGGAAAGGGGUGAAUGGGACACCCACAAAGAAAAGAGCAAUUGGCUUCAAGAAACUUGCCAAGGCUGUAAAAUUCUCAGCCAAACUCAUGGGGCAGGCCAUGGCCAAGAGAGUGAAAGCCACCAUCUUGUUUGCCACAGAAACCGGGAAAUCGCAGGACUAUGCAAAAACCCUCUGUGAGAUUUUCAAGCAUGCAUUUGAUGCGAAGGUAAUCUCCAUGGAUGAAUACGACACAGUGGACUUGGAGCACGAGACGCUUGUGAUAGUUGUGACCAGUACGUUUGGCAAUGGGGAUCCUCCUGAAAAUGGAGAGAAAUUUGGUGUGGCGCUGAUGGAGAUGAGACAUCCUACAACCAGCGUAGAGGACAGAAAGACAUACAAGGUGCGCUUUAACAGUGUCUCUUCAUACUCUGAUACUCGCAAGUCCUCCAGUGAUGAGCCCGAAUCUAAAGCCAACUUCGAGAGCACUGGACCACUUGCCAAUGUCAGAUUCUCUGUGUUUGGACUUGGUUCUCGGGCAUACCCACACUUCUGCGCAUUUGCCCACGCAGUGGACACGCUGUUUGAGGAGCUCGGUGGGGAGCGAAUCCUCCGCAUGGGAGAAGGAGAUGAACUCUGUGGCCAAGAGGAAUCCUUUAGAACAUGGGCCAUGAAGGUCUUCAAGGCUGCAUGUGAUGUUUUCUGCGUUGGUGAUGACGUUAGUAUCGAGAAAGCAAAUAAUUCCUUGAUUAGUAAUGAUCGUAGCUGGAAGAAAAGCAAGUUCCGGAUGACAUACAUGGCGGAGGCACCGACACUGACACAAGCGCUUUACAACAUCCAUAAGAAGAAAGUCUACGGGGCCAAAUUUGUGCAGAGACAGAACCUACAAAGUGCAAAAUCUAACCGACUGACUAUAUUUGUGCGUCUUGAUGCCAACAACCACGACAGCCUGAAAUACUUGCCUGGCGACCAUUUAGGCAUUUUCCCUGGCAACAACGAAGAUCUAGUUACUACCCUCAUCGACAAACUGGAGGAUGCUCCACCUGUCAAUCAAAUCGUAAAGGUGGAGUUCUUAGAGGAGAGAAACACGGCAUUGGGUGUUAUUAGUAACUGGACAGACGAGAGUCGUAUUCCACCCUGUACCAUCUAUCAGGCUUUCAAAUACUUCCUGGAUAUAACCACCCCUCCGAGCCCUCUACUACUGCAGCAGUUUGCUCCGCUAGCAACUAAUGACAAACAGAGGAAGAGACUGGAGGUGCUCAGCAAGGGUUUGCAGGAGUAUGAGGAGUGGAAGUGGUACAAUAACCCCACCAUAGUGGAAGUGCUGGAGGAGUUUCCCUCCAUUCAGAUCCCCUCCACCCUGCUCCUCACCCAGCUCCCCCUUCUACAGCCACGAUACUACUCCAUCAGCUCCUCACCAGACCUUUAUCCAGGAGAGAUCCACCUCACCGUGGCUGUGGUGUCCUUUCGCACCAGAGAUGGAGAGGGUCCUGUACACCAUGGAGUGUGUUCCUCUUGGCUCAAUAGCUUGGAUGCAGAAGAUACCGUGCCGUGCUUCGUCAGAGGAGCUCCAACUUUCCGUAUGCCAAAAGUCAGUCAGGUUCCAUGUAUUCUGGUUGCUCCAGGCACUGGUAUCGCUCCAUUCAGAAGCUUCUGGCAACAGAGACUAUAUGAGAUUGAAAAUAAGGGAAUCAAGGCGUGCCCUAUGAUCUUGGUUUUCGGUUGUCGGCAGUCGCAGAUUGACCACAUUUACAAGGAAGAGACAAUCCAGGCCAAGAACAAGGAAGUAUUUAAAGAGCUUUACACUGCAUACUCCAGAGAGCCUGGGAGACCAAAGAAAUAUGUCCAGGAUGUGCUUCGUGAGCAGCUGUCUGAAAUAGUCUACAAGUCUUUGAGAGAAGAAGGAGGUCACAUUUACGUUUGUGGAGACGUUACCAUGGCUGGAGAUGUACUGAAAACAGUCCAGCUGAUCUUUAAACUACACGGCAACAUGUCUCUGGAGGAUGCUGGCUUCUAUAUCAGCAAACUAAGGGAUGAGAAUCGAUACCAUGAGGACAUUUUUGGUGUCACCCUGCGCACUUACGAGGUCACCAACCGUCUAAGGUCGGAAUCUAUUGCAUUCAUCGAAGAGAGCAAAAAAGACUUGGAUGAGGUGUUUUGCUCAUAGUCAAAUUUUCUGACCAUCUCGCUGGCUUUUGCUCAAACAGUCCAAAAUCGGCCAAUGAGAAGCAUGAUAAGGUCAACCAUGAUAUAUGAAAACUGUGCCAAGUUUGUUUACUUCUUCAACAGUUUGUUCUUUUCUUUUUUACAAAAAUAUUUUAUUUUCUUCGCUCGUUUGUUGUGCAUAUCUAUAAUCAAAAUCUGCAUUAUUAAGACAAAUACCAUUCACUUGAAUACCUGAAUGCACUUUUUUGUGUCUUUAUGAUUUUGUUAUCAUUAAUAGCCUGCAUGCACUCAGACAUUGUCUGCCUUUUUAAUGAUUAAGCAAGAACAAUGGCUUUUCUGAUGUGCAAAUAUGCAUAGAUAUUGACUUCAGUAUUAUGAGUUUGAAAGUAUUUGGUUUGCUUCAAAUUUAGCGUUUGGAUUAGUUUGCACAUUAUGAUCACUUUUGAUUAAAGACCAAGUCUCUUUCAAGCAAAUCAAGCAAAUGUUGAGGAUAUGUUAAUAUUCGCACUUGAGUUAUUUAAAGGUGAAGUGUGCAUUGUAUACAGUAUUAUAGCGCCACUAAAUGCUAAAAAGUAUUUUUCACAAUUAAUGAUGUUUUCAAACAAGUUUCCUGAACACCUCUCCUGCCAACAUUGGUUGGGGAAACAGAUAGUCCUUCCCCCAAAGUCAUCACAUUGGUUAAGCCAAUGUUGCUGUGUCAGACAGACAGAAUGUUCAAACAAACAGAGCAAUGUUUUAAUAGUGUCACGUUGCAACAGGGUUUACACCUUUUGGGGGAAUAAACUUAUUAAAACUAUACUUAUAGUUGUCUCUGCAUAUUAAGCUGGCAUAGGAGAAGGUAUUUUAACAUGGAAAUACAUACUUCACUUUUAAAAGAACUCAGCUCAGACUUUAAGUGGAUCAAAAAAUCCCUGGCCUUAAAGAUCUCAUUUUGAUCCAUUUUAGUCCAUUAUCCAUUCAAACUGUUGUUCUGGACAACUACAAUUCUAUAUAAAUUAUAAAAUCGAUGUAUUUUCUUCUUAUUAUUAAUAAAUUGAAUAUUAAAAUAGUGUUAUACAAUAAUAUAUCUCAGACCCUGUGAAAACACCCUAUGAUUAGACAUUGCAUUUGUCCCAACAAUCAACAUUUUUCAACACAUAAUUGUUCCACAUUUGGUGAUUUUAGAAACAAGAUUAAAGACCACACAUUAAAAAAUUCACCAAUUUUAACACGAACAAUAUUGACAUCCUUCCUUCCUUCCUUCCUUUUCAAAUACAUAUGCCAGCAUGCCUUGGUGUAAAGAUGAGUUAGACCUGUACAAAUCCAUGCUCUGUAUAUUAUCACUUCUAAAUAAAAGUCACACUGUUAAUUGACUGAGCAAUGGUAACCAUGCAUCUGAACGUGCUAAAGUGUUGUACUUUUUUGUUAAAAAUCCCUUGAGGCCAUUGCAAAUAUCUGUCUUGUUUAACCACCCUUAAUAGGGAGGAAACGCUGAUGGAAUUUUACCAUUUAAACACUUUCAAGCAGUCUAAAAAAUCUAGCAGAAUGAUUUAUUGCAACAAAAUGUUAGUGUUGCUUAAAUCAACAUCUAUAAUGAACGUGCCAGGUCACACUUGCCUUUAGAAUUUUCUAUGAGCUUAUUUGACGUGUAUCUUUUUAAGUCCCCUAUCACCUUUCUUCUUCAUUUGCUGUUAAGCUGGCAGUGCCAGCUCUUGAUUUUGUUGUUAAAUUACAGUAUUAACUGCAUACUGAUGGUGGCCUAAGGCUGUUUGAUUGUCAGGGGACAGCAAGCCCCAGUGGCUCCAUAUAGAGGCAUUUAAAGUCUUAAAAUACAAUAUGCCAGCCUUAUCAGUGAGUCAAACACUGAUUAUGACAGUAGCAGUUAAAGGAAUAUUCCGGGUUCAAUACAAAUUAAUCUUAAUCAACGGCAUUUGUGGCAUUAUAAUUAAAUUAUUAGUUAAUAAAACCAAAUUUAUUUAUUUAUUUAUUUUUAUUUUUUUUUGACUUGCUCCUCUGGGUUACAGUGAGGCACUUACAAUGAAAGUGAAUGGGGUCAAUCCAUAAACAUUAAAAUACUCACUAUUUCCCAACUAUAGCCACAAGACGUAAACAAUAUGCAUGUUAACAUGAUUUAAGUAUGAUAAAAUCACUAACUAACCUUUUCUGUGUAAGUUGUAGCCAAUUUUACAACUUUGUUGCCAUGAUGAUGUAAUGUCAGCAAAACCAAAAAUGUCUGUAAAAAUUACGAUUUAAACAACUUUACAGCUCAAAUAAUACAUGAGUUUUAACAGAAGAUUAAUGUAUGUGCUUUUAUAAAAAUUAUAAGCUUCACAUUUCUGCAUUUAAACCCUCCAAAAACUGGCCCCAUUCACUUCCAUUGUAAGUGCCAUUGUAACCUCUUUUUUAUUUUUUUUUUUUUUUUUUUUUUUUUUGCAUUUUGUAUUAAAGAAAAGAAGAGAUGAGUCACAAUUAUUUUUUCUAGUAAUCAACAUUAUUGUAUUGAACCCGGAAUAUCGUGCUUAUUGUGCUAAUUGUGCUUAUUGUACAGUGGCCCCAAAAACCCAUACUUAAAUAUGAAUGUCAUUGCAUUGGAUACUAAAAUAUGAGACCAAUAUCAAUAUCAAGUGGCAUCUGUAAACAAAUUAUGCUAGAGUUUUUCUCAAAACUAACUUUCUAACUUUUCUUAGCCAUUUUUGCAAAUACCUUUAACCAUCUGGGUUAACCAAGGUCAUUUAAGUUUUAUUUAUGAAGUCAGUUCCCCUCAAGUUCAAACAGGUGUCCUAGCAGAGUAUCCACACACUCAGGAAAAAAAGGUAUCGUUUAAGGCACAAAGCCAUCACUGGGGUGGUGUCCUUGUUUUGGGUACAUAAGGAGACAAAACGAUAUGUUGUUUUGUUUCCAGAGGAACAAAACAUAUAAAUGUACCUUUAAAUGUACACAAAAGGUCCUUAGGGUACAAUUCUGUACCCAAAAAGAGUUUUAGAUUUUAUCCAGAGGCACAAAAAAUGUCCCCUUGAGGGUACCGUCGCAUUGGCGGGUGUUGUACUUUAAAACAGUACCUUUUUUUUCUGAGAGUGCACAGGUGUAGUUCAUCACAUUGACAUGUUCCAGUACUGUUUGCAACCAGAAAGUGUAUAUUACAGUAUAAUAUAAGAAUAAAAUACAAUGAAUAUAAUCUAUUCUUGUUUUGAGAAACGUUAUUUUGUGAAGGGUUUUUGCUCGAAAAGUGUGAUCUAUUUUCAAAUAAAUGACACUUGAUAUUUGAUCAGCUAUUCAGUGACAUUCAUUUUUAAGUGUGGCUAAUGUGUCCAAAUACUUUUUUGGGGUAUGACAUAAACUGUAAAUACCAGUUUAUAUUGAAGUACCUUAAAACAAUGAAGGCAGUGGCAUCCCAUGUUCCAGUGGUGAAAGUUCAUUCUUUGUAAUCAAUAAGAGCCUGAUUUGAAUAAUGUUGGUUGGAUUUAUGAGACUGAUAAAAAUAAGAAGAGGCCACUCUCAAAUAUUACUCAUUUUACAUUAAUGUCUAGCUGAUUGUAAGAAAAGACUUUGAGGGAUCUGUAAAAUUCACACAAAUCUCUCUAGGCUGGUUCUUGGGCUUUUAGGCAACAAUAUUUUUAUGAAACAUACUUGAAACUCUGAACGUCAGUAUCUAGGAUGUAUUGACAAAAAACGAGAGAUGAUACUCUACACCUGUAAGCUUCAUUCAACAUCAUUUUUGUUGUCGGUAUUAUGGACUAAAUGGUAAACUAUCUGAUUUCUGAUUCUUACAAAGAGCAAAAAAAAAUCUUUUGUAUGCAAUGCCUUAUAAAGGAUAAUCUUUCUGGAACCGAUUCAUUUAAGAAGGGUCAGUAUUUUGCUUCCUAGCUUGCUUUGGAUUUGCUUUGAAUUUUUUUCAAAAAUGUUUUGUUUGAGUGGCCUCUGGCAUGAAACAUAUUGCGUAGAGUUAUUUAUUUUGAGACAAUUUGUUUUCUUGUUCUAUGUGUGCUGUUAACACUGAAUGUUGCCCUCCCCACAUUUGGGUUUUGCACAGUUUCAACUCUGUGAUACAAGAAGUGCGGUAAAAAAAAAAGAAGAAAAAAAAGAAUCACACACAUGCAUAUAUUAAAAGGUAUAGUAAAUAUCUAAAUAUUAUAUGUUUGAGAAUUUUUUCAGAAUGUAUUUUGAUUAUGGGUAUUGAUUUUUUGUUUCGUCCAUCUGAGUUGCUUGUAAUAUGAAUACAAUGUCUGAUCUUUCCUAUUGGUUUGGAUUAUUCUGAAUGCAUGAUGUCACCAUGUCCUGUUUAACUCUUAACCUGCACUGUGUUGGUUUAGCUGUUGUGAUCGCGUCCUUCCUCUGUGGCUGAACGGAGAAGAGCUUACGGAAUUUGAUUUUCUUUUUAUUUGUGUUUGUUCUAUGCUGCUGCUCUCAGAAACUGUUCCGAUCAAUCUCUGCUGUGAAACUUCUAUUGUGGAACUUCAAAACAUUGAAAUGUUUGCCAGCAUAUACUUCAAGACUUUGCAUCUACUGAAUUA